CGAGGGGGCGGCCUCGGCCCGCGCCGGGCGGGUAGCGCUGUGGGCGUGCCGGGGCGCGGGCCCCGAUGCCCGGGAGCCGGUCCAUGGCGAGGGGCAAGGAGGCGCUGGUGCACGACGACUGGAGCUCGGACGACAGCGACGGGCCAAGAUCCAGCGGAUCCCUGUCCCCGGGCUCGCGCGAGGCCAGCCAGGAGGCGCCGUGCGUCGCGCGGGCGAUUUACAAGCUCAGGUGGGUGUUCUUGCUCGGGUGGCCGGCGCUCACCGUGGCCCUCGCGCCGUGCGCUUACCUGCUGCUCCUGAACGCGCAGCCGAUGACCAAGAAGGCGCCCGAGGGCACCGAGAGCACCGCGGCGAUGCAGAUCUUCGAGCAGCACUUCCCGGACCUCGCGGAGGUGCGGCGCGAGAUGGUGGUCCUCCGCUGCCGCACGCACUGCAAGUCCGCCGCCACGGACAUGAGCCGCGGGAUCGUAGAGCAGAUCUCCGAUCUGCUCUACCGCUUUCAGAACUCGAACCCGGACGCGGGCAUCGUGGUCAACUCGUACUUCACGUUCUCCGAGCACCACCAGCUGGGCGAGAACCCGAUGAUAUCGGCCGACCGGCAGAGCAUCCUUCUCCUCUGGGUCUGGAGGGUACCAGAGAGAUUAAAGAAGGUCUCCGAGGAGUUCGUGACGACGAUGCAGGUAGCGAUAGACGAGAUGAACGACAUGCAGCCCUCGCACGGGCUCUCGAUCUCGCUGACGGGCCUCAUGACCCUCGACGUGGCGCUGCAGGAGACCCUGAUAGAGGAGAUCCCGGUGCACGAGCUGAGCACCAUCUGGCUGCCCUUCUGCAUCCUGGCCUACGCGCUGCGCAGCCCGAGGAUGCUGCUCUUAGCCAUGAUACCGAUGCCGAUCGAGAUCCUGAUCUCCUUCGGGCUCGUGUAUUUCGCCUCGCUGAAGACAGUGGUGCUGUUCUACGCGCUCAUGAUGAUGCUCAUGAUGUGCACGUCGCUCUCGUUCGACUACGCCCUGUUCAUGCUGACCCGGUACGCGGAGGAGCGUGCUGCAGGCGAGCCCGUGGACCGCGCCAUCGUGACUGUCAUCUCCCAAGGAGGGCGCGUGGUGGUGGUCUCUGGCAUCGUGCUGAUCAUCGCGUGGGGGUCCAUGGCCGGGCUGCCAGUACCCUUCAACACUUUCUCGCUGAGCUCCUGCACGAUGAUCGCGGUGUGCGUGCUGGUGCAGCUGACCUUCGUGCCCUCGCUGCUGGCGAUCAUGCCGUUCCUGGGCCCACCGGCCGCCAAGAGGCGAGGCGCAAGCCUCGAUGCCGGCGGGGGCCACGGCAACGGCCACGGCUCCGCCGAGGAGCAUAGCGCCUUCACCAAGGCCCAGCCGCACAUGCAGGGCAUCGGGUUCUGGUUGGGCAGGUAUCUCACCGCGUUCCCGCUGAACAUCAUCGUGCCCAUCAUCAUCUACACGGCGAUGAUGCCGCUGACGCUGCGCAUGAGCAAAAAUUUUGAAAUUGAUGGUAUGUUCAGCUUCAAGUUCAAGAUGGGUCACAGCUUUGCACUAGGCAUCCCCAGAUCUCGCGAGGAGUGGAGCACUGCUCUUGAGAUUCAGGAUAGCUUCCCUAGUUCGGUUGGCAUCAUGAUGCCCAUGCUUAUAAUAGGGACCGGGCCAUCCGAGCCGGACUCGUCCCGACAAGUUAUCACAGACGGUUCGACGCCAAUCGACGUGAAAAGCGAGAAGUUCUUCCACGCAAAUUGCCAGAUGGCCAAUGCGCUCAUCGAGGCGACGAGCGGGAAGCCCUACGCGCUAGGCGCGGACAGCUUCGUCAGCGGCACCUUCCACGGCGAGGCCGACGACGGCGACGCGGUAAAGUGCCUGUCCCCGCGGCUCAUCAACGCGGUGCGCACCAACUAUAUCACCAAGCAUUGGCUGUUGCGGAAGACGUCUGCCAACUUGCAGCAGCUGUGGGACCAAAUCGUCAGCGGGAACGGCGACGCGAUGCUCACCUUUGUGUUUCCCGUCACGGACCCCUUCAGCCCCGACGCGUUCUCGCUUGUGGACGACGUGCGGUCCACGCUCCGCAACCAGAAUUUGGCCGCGCAGGACCCGCAGGCGCCGAUCCCGGGACUCACAUUCACCAUGUUUUCGCCCGGCAGCGUUGUGAUGGACCUCAUCGAUGUGACGUCACGCCGGCUUCCGCAGACGUUCAUGGCGUGUGUUGUGUUGAGUCUCUUGCUCAUCGGGUUCUGGUUCAAGGCGGUCCUGAUCCCUUUCAAGCUGCUUCUCACGGUCGUCGUGCCGAUCACCUGGACUUACGGCGCCGCCCUCUACGUGUACGAAGACGGCGUGAUAUCGUGGUUGGGAUUCCCAGGCCUGUCACCGACUUCGGCAUCGACUGGACCGUCCCUCUGUUCACGCUCACGUUCAUCGUCGGGCUGGCCUUCGACUACGAGAUCUUCCUGA